AUGGAGAGAGGGAAAGAAUCCAAGUUUAAGAGGAUUUGUGUCUUCUGCGGCAGUAGCCAGGGGAAGAAGAUAAGCUACCAGGAUGCUGCCAUUGAGCUUGGCAAGGAGCUGGUUUGCAGGAGCAUUGAUCUAGUCUAUGGAGGUGGGAGUGUUGGAUUGAUGGGAUUGGUUUCCCAAGCAGUUUAUGAUGGAGGGAGGCAUGUCAUUGGAGUUAUUCCCAAGACACUUAUGCUUCGAGAGAUAACUGGUGAAACUGUAGGAGAGGUGAAAGCUGUUGCAGAUAUGCACCAGAGAAAGGCAGAAAUGGCUCGGCAGUCUGAUGCCUUUAUUGCAUUACCUGGUGGAUAUGGAACUCUUGAAGAACUGCUUGAAGUGAUAACUUGGGCUCAGUUAGGCAUCCAUGACAAGCCGGUUGGGUUGCUGAAUGUAGACGGUUAUUACAACUCAUUGCUAUCUUUCAUUGACAAAGCUGUGGAAGAAGGAUUCAUCAAUCCAAGUGCUCGCCAUAUCAUAGUCUCUGCUCGAACAGCCAAGGAACUGGUGAAGAAACUUGAGGAAUACAUUCCUCGGCAUGAAAGUGUUGUUUCAAAGAUGAGCUGGGAAAUAGAACAGCUUGAACAGUCUCCAAAAUGUGAGAUCUCAAGGUAGAAGAACCGGAGGCACAGAGAUGGAUGAUCACCUUUUGACAAAAAUGUGGGGCGAAAAUUCGGGCGGCCAAAGAUGCCUUCUAUGUAAUGAAAAAAAAAAAGUAGGAAAUUCUUUUCUUUUGUAAAGUAUCACAACUUGCGUUUAUAUUUAGAUCUUACUUGUUAAGUUUUAACAUGCUAAAGAAAUCUUUGGAAUCUCUUUCUUUAA